GCUCCAGUGUUGAUCUCAAUUUGUCUCGGACCAYAAACUAGAAAGAUGUUUUUCAACUGCUGAAGCCAUAACGAUCUGAUUAGACUGGCUUUGGUUUAUAUAUCUCCUGACGGCUGAGAGACACGGAAAUCAGAUCCACCCAUUGUCAUCGCCGCUCGUGGGUAACUGAGUGUGGCAAGCUUAUGUAGGUGGUUGUCGACCUAUCGCGAUAAUCAGAGUGCAAUCAUCCAGCCAACUGAACACUGCACGCGCUGCAGAGACCAACCUCACAAACACUCAUGGAUAAAGUUCACGGGAAAACGCUUCCACARGACAAAGGAAAGAAAAAAAUGAAAAGAAGAGGACCACGGUUGACAGGCGUCAGUAGGCAAAGACGAUUAGCCAACACAAGAGAGAGGAAUAGAGUUCAAAUUCUAAACGCAAACAUCGAUAGACUACGAGACCUCAUUCCYCUCUUCCCAGACGAGAAGAAGCCCUCAAAAACAGACACUGUGAGAUUGGCCGCAGAGUACAUUGGACACCUAACCGACAUCUUACAAACCACAGAAAAACCGCAAUCAACUUCCAGCGAGUCUACAAGCGACGAACUCGAUUUUGAGGACUUUACAUCCGACUUUGAUAUAACAGACCUGCAUUUUGAUAUUGAUCCUUUGCCUGAUAUCUACGGGUUCAACAUCGAAGACUUGUUUUGGGAUGACCAAGCAUUUUAUUCAUGAAAGGCACGCCAUGGAUUGUGACAGCACAAAAGGCUUGUAUUUAUAGAAAUGAAGCAAAUAUUUUUAUAUAAAAAAAACGUCGGAUUUUUGACGUAGAAGUCGAAAGAUUAUUUUAAUACAUAUGACUAAUAACAAUUAUAAUAUGGGUUAGACUAGGUACCUUAAGAAACAAGAAAGCAGCUUUAAAUGAAUUCCACAAUCAGUAUAUUCGUAAAGCUCAUAAAUGCUAUAUACCAAGGUAUUCUAUGAAUACAUAAAAGUACCACAUGGAUGGAAAAGCUUUGCAUUUUACUGUGCAUGCAUGGUAGUGAAUAGAAUUGAAAAACAUAGCAUUUUUUAAAAGAAAAUUAGAACAUUUUAAAUAACAAAUAGGAUAUAUUUAAAAAUUUGACAAAAAGGAUUUUUAAAUAUAGGAAAUUUGCGAGCCUUCGUAGAGGAACGCACUCGACUUGAGUUUUAAAUUAAGGACUGAACAUUUUGCUUGCAAUAUAGUUGUUUAGGGCAUAACAGAAGCAUAAAUCUUACAGAAUAUACAGCGUACUUUAUACAGGCAAUUGAUAGAUUACAGUGCUUUUAAUCAUGAAAGUACUUUGAAAAUUCUUGAUAUUAAAUAGUAAUAAAUAUUCGGAAACGGUACAAGAAGUAUGGAACACUUUGCACUACUGCUUCUUUCUGAAUAGUGUCAAUUAAACAAUAGAAAAUAAUAGAAUUAGCAUAAUUUUGCAGUAUUUAGUGGCAAUUAUGUUUCAAACUUUUAAUGCUUGAACUCUAAUGUAUGAAAAUAGGUAGUCUUUUUCAGCUGGUCGACCUUUUUGGGAUUAAAUACUUUGAAAAACAAAGUGCAAAUCACUCGCUACAACACUUGAGCAUAUCCCAAAACAAAACAAAAUUCGUAAAUAGCAAUUAACUUCUUGUAAUUAAAAUCAUAUUGACAUCAAUUUCGAUUGAAAAAACAUAUACACAUCUGAUAUGUUUAUCGAAAAUUAUACAGAAAUAUGCUGCACAUUGUAAUGAUAGUAAACACAUGUAGUUAUAACAUUUUUAUAUAUCGAAUAAAAUCAAUAAAAACAUUUGCAAAGGAUUAAUCA